AAUCAGGAACGCGAAAGUAUCCCGCUUGUGCUUUCGUUCGCUGAGGCACUAAUCAGUCGGAAUUUAGGGGAGCCCGCGGCGUCACCUAUAUCUGACAGCUAGCAGUGGUUUAAAGGAAGUGGCGGGAAGUUGGUGUGUGGUCGAAUUCAUCACCCUCAUGGUCGCUACGAUUUUCCACAAUAAAAAAUAACAUAGCAAAACAAACCAAGAUGUCUGUUGAUCCAAUGACCUAUGAGGCCCAGUUCUUUGGGUUCACCCCACAGACGUGCAUGCUCAGGAUCUAUAUUGCAUUUCAAGACUACCUAUUCGAAGUGAUGCAGGCUGUUGAACAGGUUAUGCUGAAGAAGUUGGAUGGCAUCCCAGACUGUAAGAUCAGCCCAGUCCAAAUUCGCAAAUGCACAGAGAAGUUUCUUAGCUUCAUGAAAGGACAUUUUGAUAAACUUUUUGGUACAAUGGAGCAGCUGUUUUUGCGGUUGAUUUUGCAGAUUCCACCAAACAUCUUGCUUCCUGAAGAUAAAUGUAAGGAGAUACAUCCUUAUAAUGAGGAAGAAUUUCAACAUCUCCAGAAAGAAAUCGACCAGUUACAAGAGAAGUAUAAGACUGAAUUAUGUACUAAGCAGGCCCUUCUUGCAGAAUUAGAAGAGCAAAAAAUUGUUCAGGCCAAACUCAAACAGACAUUGGCUUUGUUCGAUGAGCUUCAAAAUGUUGGCAGAGAUUGUGGUACUAGUGACUUUAGGGAGAGUUUGGUGUCCCUGGUUCAGAACUCCAGAAAACUACACAACAUUACAGACAACGUGGAAAAGGAAAGCAAAAGACUGAAAACAUCGUAAUUUUUAAAUAAUAAAAAAAUGAUAAGGAAUUUAUAUAAGUGACUAUUCAAGUGAACUGUAUGUUGUGUUAAUUUUCUUUUGUUCACAUCUUCCUCCUUUUUGGUCCACUCUCCUGUUUCUUGCAUGAGGGAGCUGAUAACUGAUUGAAAGAAGCAAAUAGCAAAACAGACAACUUCGAUAUCUGGUGAAGAGGAAAGAAGGUGUUUUUAUUUCCAAAAUAAGUGCUUCCCAUGACCAAGGCCAUGAUAAUGUUAAGUUGUUUGCUAUCUUGGAGUCUAGCGGGAGAAAACCUUGGACACAAAAGAAGCAGAUCCUGAAUAGAAAAGGAAGUCUGGAGCAAACCCAAUAGUAACAUUUAUAUUUACUGACUGUUGGCUAUUCAUGUCAAUUUCUUUUCAUCCUUCAGUUAGUUUUAGAAUCUGCCUUAUACCUAUUAUUUAUGCACAGUUAUAAACAUCAAAUAUUUAGAAUACUUGGGGAAAUUUUAGCUGUAUCUUGUGCUUUAAAUGCGAUGGACUCUAAAAUUUCUUUUUGUAAUUAGUCCACGUAAGAUGUUAUAUCACCCAGGGAAAGUGGAGAAAUAGGAAUGGUUGCUCUUAAGGUAUUGCUUUUCCUCUGUUUUUUCCUAGAGUACAGGAUUUGAAGUUUCUCAUAUAUGUAAAGAGGAGUAGUUUAGAGUAUUAAUAUUUGCAAUGAAAUACUUGUAAAUUUAGAAAGCUUGUAU